CCUAACUUAACCUAACUUAAAUUCUAAUCCAAAAUAAAUAACAAUUUAUUGUAAAAUGGAAUUAAAUUUUGAAAAAAUAUGUAGAAUUUGUUUAAAUUUAUGUGGUGAAAGUGUAAAAAAUAUUUUUGAACAAACAUUUACGGACAGCCAAAUGAGUUUGGCUAAUUUUCUCAGCAAUUUAACACAAUUAAAGUUUUCUGUUAGUGAUUCCUUGCCUAAAAACAUUUGCAACAAAUGUACAGUUAUUGUUACAAACAGUUACGACUUCUCCCAAUCAUGUAUCAAAACAGAAUCUCUAAUACGAACAGAAGAAACACGUCGUAUGUUACGUAAAAUAGAACAAGAGGCGUUAUCAGAGGAACAAGUAAAAGAGGAAGACUGCUUCGAUCAAUAUGAUGAAAGUUCAGACAGCUGUUCUGACCAAAGCAAUAUUAUAGAACAAAUUGUGGUCACCAUAAAGCCUGAAAACAAUAAAGUCUGUGAUAAGUACGCAUGUAAAUUUUGCUCACAAAUAUUCAAUAACAAGACUAAGCUGGCAAAGCAUGAAAAAACCCAUGAUGACAGUAAACCAUACAAAUGCGAACACUGUUCACAAACUUUUUCAAAACAAACCCAUUUAAAUGUGCACUUAAGGAGUCACAUCAAAGACGAGGACAAGCUCUUUGCCUGUAAAUUCUGCAACAAGCAAUUCACGUUUAAGUACCUGUUAACACAACAUGAGUACAAGCACACCAAUGAAAAACCGUUCCCUUGUCCAAAAUGUGACAAAGGCUGCCUAACGGCCGAAAGUUUACGGCGGCACAUGAAAAUCCACGACCCUGGCUACAUUAAAAAGGUGCACCUGUGUGUUAUUUGUAAUAAAGUGUUUCCAUAUCCUAGUUAUUUGGUCGAGCACAUGAGAAGCCACACAGAUGAGAGGCCACAUCUGUGUUCUGUGUGUGGCAAAGGUUUUAGGCACACAGGGGCUUUACAUUUUCACCAGAGAAGGCAUACUGGACUAAAGCCUUUCACCUGCACUGUAUGUAAUGAGCAAUUUAUGUCCAAAAGUAACUUGAAUGUGCACAUGAGGAAGCACACUAAUGAAAGGCCUUAUGUUUGUGAUGUCUGUGGGGCAAGCUUCAGACAAGUAACUGACUUGAAAAGUCAUCAGAGGACUCACACUGGGGAAAAACGGGUCUUGUGCACAAUUUGUGGCAAGAAAUUCACCACCACUGGGCAACUAACAGUCCACAUCAGGUCUCACACAGGAGAGAAACCAUUUGCUUGUAGUGUUUGUCAGAAAGCUUUCACAACAAAGACGUUGUUGACGAAACACGUAAGGAUACACACAGGUGAAAGACCCUACACUUGCACAACUUGCAACAAAUCUUUCACACAGAGCAGUACCUUAAAAACCCAUCAAAAAACACACGCCAAAGUAAAGCCGUUAAAGAGACGACGCUGCAGGGAAUCAUCUGGUGAUCCGGUUAAGUCAGAGGAGAUGUGCGACGAGUCUACAGAAAAAAAAUAUGAAGUGUGUGACAGUAAUAAUACUGAAGAAAUGAAACAGGAAUUGGCCGUAACUUUGCCUUCACCUGUUCCAAUUUUGGUACCAACUUGAUUUCUUGGGAAUUUAAUUCGGAUAGACUUCUUAUGCAAUAAAAAAACUUAAUAUUAUAUAUAAUAAUAUUGAAAAAUACACAUCUCUAAGUAUGAAAUUAAUUAUUAACAAUCAGUAUUUUUCACAGAAUCAGAUAAAUAUUGAUUGAAUUGACUGAAUUAUAAAUAUCUUUAUCCUGUAUUUAAAUAAAAUGUUAUAUAUUACAUUGA